GUCAUUUAUAUUUUGUGACAAAUCAGCUCAGACAACCACUCUCUCAGACAGUGACAUUUUCUUUACAUUUUCCAUUCAAUCUGGAAAGCACACACAGUGCACGGUUUUCUAGUUUUUCUUGCAGGGCCCCUCUGAUUGGUUGUUGGACUUCUUGGCAAAUGGACUCAACUCUGGUUGAAAUUUAAGCAGUACAUUUAUGCAUCAGUAGGAAGCGCUGUUACACUCAUGUCAGAGCCUCUCGGUAGGCUGCGUGACCUCUGCAAAAACAUUUAAGCUCUUGUUUUGUCAUGUUGAUAUUAAAUGCCCCACAGCUUUCAUUGUCUUCAAAUCACUGCUGUCUCUCUGUUCAAACUGCAGUUUCAAGGUCAAGUUUUUAAAGGUUUGUAAAACAUUGUAGAGAAUGGAAGUUUGCUAAAAAAAAUUCUGUCACACCAAUUGAUUUUUGUUUUCCUUUGUAAGGCUGCAUCGUGUUUCUCAGCAUAGCACUUUUGUAAGUCGUUUUCUAAAUGAGUAUGUCUGUGAGGAGGAGUUCAGGUGUUCCUGUGGUAAUACUGGGUGUCUGGGGAGUCCAGUCGUCUUGGAUGCAGUCUCACUUCAGUCAGCAAGAGCAAGAGGCAGAGAAGACAGGACCAACACCCGACAAAGAGAAACACAACAACCUCGCUUCGACCUCAGGUGUACCAGUGGUGACCCAAAUGGCAGGCCUGGCAGCCCUGUGCCUGCUGCUGGUGUUUCCACUGAGCAGCUCCCAGAGCACCCUGCAGUCUGAGCAGGAGAUCAGUGGCCAUCAGGCCCCGGCAGGACCUCCUCUGCCUCCACCGCAGAUACGAGAUCUGCUCAGAAAAGAGGAAAACACUCAUUUAAAUGCAAUGCAAACAUAUGCUCGUUUAGACAAAGAUAAUGCCAAAGUGGGUCUGUUCAUCGCUGCCUCCAUUGGAACCUUUGUUCUGAUGGCUGCAGUGUACUGUAUCUACAACAAGUUCUACACCAAACAGCAGUACCUGCACACCCAACUUAACGACGACUUAGAUUUGACCGCAGACCCCAUGGACCCUCCCCCUGUGUUUUUCCACGCCUCUGUUGCCUCCAGUGCAGCAGAUGUGCGGAAAGCUGGUUAUGGCUCGCUCUCUGACACUCCGUCCAUCAUCUCAGUGCCACCCAGCCUGUCUCCUCCUCCCUCUGCCAUGCCCUUCCCUCCCCUCUUCCUCUCCUCUCACUCUCUCAGAACUAUAUCAGCGAAGGAUCUGGAGAAGAGCUGUAUUUAAUACAGAGCGCUUAAUGCUAGCAGUGUGAGUGUCUGAUUGUCACCAAAAAGUAGUUGUAAUUUGAACCUGCACGUUGAUCUUCAUUACCUUCACGCAAAGUCUUUUAUUUUAGGGGGCAAAUUUAGCUGGAAUAAAAACAUUACAUCAGUUUCAAACCUGCAGAGUGGGUUUGCACAUACAGACGUCAAAUUGAGGUCUUUGACGGAAAAUGCAGAAGAAGGGACUUUUUCAGCCAUUUGACAAUAGAACAUUUAGGAGAGUCCUUUGAUUUAACUGCAGUGAUGUGCUAGCAGAAGCAUCUCAUCCCACCUGCUGCCACUGCCAGGUCUGCCAGUUACCACUGCUAACCGUGACCCACCUGACAGGUUGGCUUUCCGCUGCCCCAUGAACACAACCCAACCUGCCGUAAACAUUUGCCUGUGUACUGUAGUUAGAUUGUUCCUGCACCUACUCUAAUAACAUGCAUCCUUUCAGAAGUCAUUCAAUAUGUUUCCAAAAGGAAUAAACCGUCCAUAGAUGCA